UUUCAAUUUGUCUUUGGACACAUCAUCUUGCGUUACUUCUUCCUCAAUUUCCUGGAUCGAUCAUCGUUUACCUCGAGAAGAAAACCCUCUUCAUCAUUAAUCAUUCAUCAAUCAAUCAAUCGGCAACCACCGGCAACCACCAUGCAACAAGGCGAUUACACCUCCACCACUCCGUAUUAUCACAAUUAUCCUCAAAACCCAAACCCUAAUCCCAUCACCACCGAUCUCCACCAUCCUCCGGUAACUUACGCCUCCGCACCUCCCUUCACCAACACCACUACUUACCAUCCUCCAACCUCCGAUUACUAUCCUCCUUACCCUCAACAGAAUCCCGAUCCUCUCCCUCCUACUGCUCCUUCUUACGCUCCUCCUCCUCCAAACCCUAAUCAACAACCCUCAAGUUUCCCCCAAUUCGAAGCGUCGCAUACUCCUUAUCAAUCUCAACAGCCUUAUAAUCCACCUUAUGAUCAUCAUCAGACGCCUCCCACUUACCCAUCUCCACCGGCGUCUUCGAUUCCUCACAAUCCUAUCCCUCUGAACCACAGUUCAAGCUUUCAGUACUCCUCGUCUCUGUAUAAUAAUCCACCGUCGGUUCCUAGUCAGGUCCCGGGUCCCGUAUACGAGAGUCCGUUUGAGUCUGGUUAUGGUGGUAAUUACGGUAGGAGCUCAUCGGAUCUAGGGGCCGGAGGUGGGAGUGUUGAUUAUUAUGGGAAGCGACCGGAUGUGGGGAUGUCUAGGUUUGAAUCAAGCGGUGGGUAUGGAGGUGAUGGGUAUGGUGAAGGUGUUUAUGCUUAUCAAGGGGGUAAGGUCGAGCCCUAUGGUUCUAGGGGUACUGCGCCAAAGUCUUCUACCUGGAAAGAACAGGUGAUUUUUGAUGAUUUUGGGCGUCCUAUUGGUUUACCUGGUAAGGACUCUCCAUCCGUAUCGUCUCCAAAGAUUGUGAAGGCUGUACCAAAGGCUGAGACACGGGAAGAUGUUAAGGGUGGGGUACAGAAGUUCAGGGUGAAAUUGUUGGCUGAAAGUGGUGGCCAGAGCACCAUGGAUGUUCUUUGCCAGAUUGGAUUGGAUGGUAUUCGAAUGCUUGAUCCAUCUACAAGUCGAACUUUAAGAAUAUAUCCACUUGAUACAGUAACAAGAUGUGAAGUGUAUGACUCAUCCACCUUUGCAUUUUGGUCAAAGAGUUCUGUAGACAUUGAGCCAAGGCGUAUAAGGCUUCAAUCCAAUAGUUACACUACAAACACAUUAUUGGACACUGUUACAGCAGCAACCAUUCAGGUGAAGGAGAUGGGAGGAAGGAGCAGGCCUGCUGAUGCUGUUAAAGUGAAUGAUCAGUCAUCUGAAAAGAAAAAGGGUUUGGGUGAUUGGAUGAAUAUAAUUAAACCUCCAAAUGAGGAGAAAGAUCAUUGGGUACCUGAUGAAGCUGUUACAAAGUGUACUGGUUGUGGAACAGACUUUAGUGCUUUUAAUAGGAAGCAUCAUUGUCGAAACUGUGGAGAUAUAUUUUGUGACAAAUGUACCCAUGGAAGAGUUGCUCUUACAUCAGAAGAAAAUGCCCCUCAAGUUCGUGUCUGUGAUCGUUGCAUGUUGGAGGUUACUCACCGUUUGAGCAGUGCAAAAGAAUCCGCUGCAAGCCGAUCAUCUGGAUUGCAUAGUCAUGAAGAUCUUGCAAAGAAACUUCAGGAGGAGUUGGAAAGAAAUCACAAAUCAUCAUCAGUUUCCAAGUUUGAAGGGUCAAACAGGCGGAUGAAAGAAGUUGCAUGUCCCACCUGUACAGUCCAUUUACAGGUUCAAGUUCCUAGCUCAGGAUCCGAGACCAUAGAAUGUGGAGUUUGCCAGCAUCCGUUUCUUGUAAGUGCACGUUGACAUGGUCAAUGGGUAUGGGGGAUUGUUCAUUUUAUUUUUAUUUUUAUUUUUUAUGGGGUUUAAUCAUAUAAUUCAUUGUGACUAGUAAGAGUAUUAUAUUAAGGCUUUAAGUAACUUGGAUUUGUUUGGGUUUGUGGGGUUUGGUUUCUCGAAAUAUAAUUCUAACUUUUGUUUGUAAAUUUGUUCUAUGAAAUAAGUGUUUUGUGUUUGUGUAAAAA